GCAGAGGCUGAUCCUCCAGCUGGAGUGUUUUGCUUGGCCUGCCUUCUCUGUCCAAAAUGCUGGCUCUUUGGGUUGCUUUCCUCGUCCUCUUCUGCCAUGCAGCCUGGUCCCCUUCAGUGGAUGGAGCCCCCCACACUGCCACCCCCAAAACUCUGCCCAAGAAGCCUUCCAGCACCACUGCCAGCCAGGGCACAGCUCUGCCCAGAGUUGCAUCCACCAUCACUGCCUCCCCUUCCACUUCCAAGAGCCAACAGGUCAGGGGCACAGUCAACCCCAGGACCACCUUUCCAGCCACUCUGAAGACCACAAUGAGCCCCAGUCUCCGAAAGGGCUUGGAAGAGCCCCUUACCACCACCAGCACCAAGUGGACACAGCUCUCCACGGCGAAGGCGGCUGACAAGAAAGCCUUGAAAAAAACUGUCCGGGUGAAAGUAAUCAAGAAAAAGGUCCUGAAGAAGAAAACCAAGCCUUCCAUCCAGGAAAUAAUGGCAAAAAAGGCAUCAGAAUGCCCUCCGCUAGGACUGGAGUCCCUAAGGAUACGGGACUCCCAGCUGCGUGCCUCCAGCAGCAAACGCGACGGACUCGGUCCCCACCGUGGACGCCUCAACAUCCAGUCUGGCAUCCACGAUGGCGAUUUCUACGAUGGCGGCUGGUGUGCCAGGCACAAGGACAAGAAACAAUGGCUGGAGUUUGAUGCCCAGCGGGUGACACGUUUCACUGGGAUCAUCACUCAAGGGCUGAACUCCAUCUGGACGUAUGACUGGGUGACCUCUUACAAGAUCCAGUUCAGCAAUGACACCCAUCGCUGGCAGCCUUGCAAGAAUGGGAGUGAAGAGGUGGUAUUCCCUGGAAAUAAAGACCCUGAGACCCCAGUCCUCAACCUGUUUCCCGUCCCAGUGGUGGCUCGGUACCUCCGUAUUAACCCUCAAACCUGGUUUGAGAAUGGGACCAUUUGCCUUAGGAUGGAGGUCCUGGGUUGUUCUGUGCCAGACCCCAAUAACAUCUAUUUGUGGGAUGAUCUGCCGGUGACCAAUGAUAAACUAGAUUUCCGGCAUCACAACUACAAAGACAUGAGGAAGCUGAUGAAGAAAGUGAACGAUGCAUGCCCCAACAUCACUCGGGUGUACAGCAUUGGAAAGAGCUACCUGGGCCUGAAAAUGUACGUCAUGGAGAUUUCGGACAACCCUGGGCAGCAUGAAGUAGGGGAGCCGGAGUUCCGCUAUGUGGCCGGCAUGCAUGGCAAUGAAGCACUUGGACGGGAGCUUCUGCUCAACCUGAUGGAAUACCUCUGCCAUGAAUACAAACAGGGCAACCCUCGCAUCCAGAGGCUGGUCACUGAGACCCGGAUCCAUCUCUUACCUUCCAUGAACCCGGAUGGCUACGAGACGGCUUACAAGCUGGGCUCUGAGCUGUCCGGCUGGGCCAUGGGCCGGUGGACGUAUGAAGGCAUCGACCUCAACCACAACUUCGCAGACCUCAACACUGCCCUGUGGGAUGCAGAGGACAACGACAUGGUGCCCCACAAGUUCCCCAACCACUACAUCCCUAUCCCAGAGUUCUACACAUUUGCUAAUGCCACGGUGGCCCCAGAAACUCGGGCCGUCAUAAGCUGGAUGCAGCGCUACCCGUUCAUGCUCAGUGCCAACCUGCACGGAGGGGAGCUGGUGGUAACGUAUCCUUUCGACAUGACGCGCACCUACUGGAAAGCCCAAGAGCUCACGCCCACAGCCGACGACGCCGUUUUCCGCUGGCUCGCCACUGUUUACGCCACCUCGAACCUGGCCAUGCUGGAUGAUGACCGUCGGCUGUGCCACUAUGACGACUUCAUGCGGGAAGGGAACAUCAUCAACGGGGCCAACUGGCACACCGUGCCUGGAAGUAUGAACGACUUCAGCUAUCUUCACACAAACUGCUUUGAGAUCACAGUUGAAUUGUCUUGCGACAAGUUCCCUCACGAGUCGGAGCUGCCCCGAGAAUGGGAGAACAACAAGGAAUCUCUCUUGCUCUACAUGGAGCAGACCCGCAGGGGAAUUAAGGGGAUAGUCCGAGACAAAGACACCGAGGAAGGCAUUGCAGAUGCCAUCAUUUCGGUAGACGGCAUCAACCAUGACAUCAGGACAGCUUUUGACGGUGACUACUGGCGUCUGCUGAACCCGGGAGAGUAUGAGGUCACGGCUGCGGCUGAGGGCUACCACCCUGUUACCCGGAACUGCCGGGUCUCUUACGAGGACAACCCUACUAUCUGCGACUUUCGCCUGACCAAGACUCCCAAGCAGCGGCUGCGGGAAAUCCUGUCCAAAGGCGGAAAGGUCCCCAAGGACUUAGUUUUGCGCCUGCGUCAGCUUCGGCUGCGCAAACUGCGAGCCCAGAGACGGGCCCAGUGAGUGGCAAAGUACUUACCCAGAAUUUCUCCAGUGCAAUGAAAGUGGCAUUGGGAGCCUCCUCCCCUUAUCGCAGCAGCUUCCUUCCUCAAACUGAGCAGACAUGCCAAUGGUCAACAAAUAAUGAUUCCUAUACUUUGGGAAAAAGCAGGAACAGUUGUGCACAGGUUGAAUCCAAUUUCUCUAAUUCUUUGCAUCCCAUCCAAAACUGCUGCCUCUCUCUGCAAGUAGUUGCGAACUCCUAGUAGUAGCUGCUGCUUACUGGAAGAAGAGAGAUGGCAUCAUUUUAGACAGUGAAAAUGCAGCUGGUCUGGGCUCCAAGUGGAAAGAAAAGAAGGUCCAUCCCAUCUGUGCGCACACUUGCAUUUCUUUUUCACUCCAGGAUGGUGAUGGGUGAUGAAUUAAACAGGCAAAACAUUACAUCCCCACUGCUAAAUGUAGGAUUUUCAUCCCUGUCCCUUUUUAAGAGUCGCCUUGAAAGGUAUAUGCUCUUAUGUUGUGGCUACUCUUUUGAUAUUAGCGCUUUGUUGUAAAAGGAAUACCUACCAAAAUGCGCCAGCCCUAUCCAUCAUUUGUUCUAUCCACCAAUUCAAGCAUCCAUGGUUUGCUAAUAUUUCAAAUAUAUACAAAUUCCCAAAAGCGAACCUUGAUUUUGCCAUUUGGUAAAAGGAAUGCCAUCUUACUGUGCCAUUGUAUACAAUGGGACU